UGAUUUGGAUUUUGGGUCACGUUCACGUUUCAGUAUCGACUGUGACCGCGUCUAACGUUCAAUCCAAAGUCCACUGUGAUUGUAAGAAAAGACCAUCGAGCUGUUUUUUUCUGAUUCUCUGUCUUAUAUAAAAACUUAUAUAAAUACUCAGAUCUAACUGUGUGACGGGGGUGGUGUUUCGAGCAACUUUAGGGGUCUCCGUUGUAGCAUCUUCUAAAACGUUUAACAAUCGGUUAAGAUUUCUUUGAAAGAAGAUGCAGGGUCUAUUAGUAAUAAUGAUGGCAUUGAUCACCGGUCAAGUAACCGGACACCCCCAUGGAGCCCCUACUACAGCUUGCAACACCAUGUUUCCGUUGCACAAACAUCAUCCGCAGACUUCAGCUUGUCCUUUUGAAACACGACCAUAUCAGACUGAGAUUUUCUCAAAUUCAAGUGUGAGGAUUGCCCUCCACAACUUGGGAAUGCUGUCUGGUUCAUCAAGCGGCUCAAGUUCAUCAUCAGAAAAUACUACAGACUCUUUCAAAGGCUACAUGAUAAUGGCAUUUGAAGUGCCUUCAGAAAAUGCAGUAGCACUAGGAACAUUUCAAGUUAGCAGCGAUUCCCACACUAUCAACUGUCAUGGCAUGCAGCAGAAUGCAGCCACACAUUCAAGCAAAUCUCACAAGAGCAUUGUCCACUUGACUUGGACUCCUCCAGAGGACUUUGAAGGCGACGUGAUUUUCAAGACAACUUAUGUGGCGUCCAAAAAGCUCUUUUGGAUGAACCAAGUUUCUGCUCCUGUGCGUGUCAGGUUGGCAGUUGCGGAUGAGGAAAGCGACACCGAUGAUGACAAUGCUAUUUUAAUCCAAAAUGACGUCUUGGAAGGGAAAUUAAUCGAACAAGUGGCCUAUCUGGAAUCACGCGAGUACAUCAGUCUGUGGGCCAUCUGCAGUUUGUUUAUUGUUGGAUUCACUUGUGCGGUUCUAGCCAAAUUGAUCCUGGCUGCCCGUGCCAAGAAAUAUUCCACCCUCGAAUCUAUAUAAAUAAGUUCCUUCUCAUUUGACUGACCUCGCCUUACUACGUAGAUUCGUAGUUUCUGCUGACUGCUGCACAAUUUUGAGCUCAAAAAAUCUUUUUUAUAGUUCCUCUCCCUUUUGGACACCCCUCAGUUAUUCUUCUUCGAAGAGUUAAAGCUUUUUUUAAUUGCCUGUAGAUGAAUCAUUUGGAUUAUGAAUACACCUGUAUUUUUAGAUUA